AUGCCUGGCCAAGCAGAAGGUCUGUCGAAAGACGAGGCGGCCGUGUAUGACCGUCAGAUUCGUCUUUGGGGCCUCGAAGCUCAGAAUAAGUCGGUUUUCUGAGGGAAUUUCAAAGAAUUCUUGUGAUUUAUAUAGACUCCGGGCGUCUAGUGUCCUCAUCGUGGGCGUGACGGCCCUCGGCGCGGAAUUCGCCAAGAAUAUCGUCCUGGCCGGCCUGAAAAGCCUCACUCUGAUGGACCAUCAGGCCGUCGUCCAGCAGGACCUCGACACCAAUUUCCUCUUCCAACACGCCCCGGAGACCUUGGGCAAGAAUGUGAGAGACGACGAUUUUUUGCGUAAAGUAUUGUGUGUCGUGUGCAUACACCGCGGCGCUCUCGCACAUACCGUAUUUGAAUUUCCGAAAUUCCAUUAUAUUUUUUUAUUUUCUGGCAGUUAUUUUGAGUUCUGCGGAAUCCCUUAGAACACUAAAAAAAAAAGAAACAGAAAAAUCGCUUUUUUAACCGAUUCGUCUCAAGACCCAUUAAACAUGCGCCUUUAAUAUUCCCUGUUGUUUACGCGUUUUUCCCAUGGCGUCAAAAGAAAACGGCGAGGAAUUUUGUCCGUAAAGUGUACAGACAGGCCACGCCCCUUGACUGUAUUCAAAAAAAUGAAUAUAUUUUUUUAGUUACAAGACUUUUUUUGCGAUUUUAGAAUUUUUAGAGGAGAAACUUUCAGUGGCCACUUUAGGGUUUUGAUGGCCACUAUAGUAGUUGGGCGAGUGGUCAUUUAAGUGGCUGAAAAUAAGUGGCCUCUUUAAAAGACCAAACAAGGCCAAAAAAGAUUACUUUCAUAAAUUUCUCUUCUUGAUUUUUUCUGCCAAAGUGGCCACUUGGGGGUUUUUUUACGUUUAAGUGGCCACUUUAGUGGCUUCUUUAGAAGUCUAAUUGGUAGGACUAGAUUAAUAAAAUCACUAUAAUAACGCAAAAUAGUGGCCACUUUAGUGUCAUCUUCAAGGAAUUACUUAAGUGUUCUUGUUCUUGACAGAGAGCCGCGGCGGCCGCCGGAAAAACGACCUCGUUGAACCCGAACGUCGAGCUGAACGUGGUGGAGAAGUCGUUGGAGACGCAGCUCAACGAGCUGAACGAGGUCGGCCAGGAAGCCUUCGUCCGCCAGUUCUCCCUCGUCGUCCUCAUCGACCAGGACUACGACCUCGUCAAUCGCGUCGACAAACUUUGUCGCCAGGCUAAUGUCAGGUAGGUUAAGAGAGAAAACGCGCUCUAACGAGAUUGGGUUCGAAAAAGGUCGCAGGCGUUCAAAAUUGGUGGGAUACUGUAGCUUUGAAAGCGGUUUUCACUGAGAAAACGCACUCUAAAGAAACGAGGGUUGAGAGAGGUCAAAGCGGUUCAAAAUUUGUGGGAUACUGUAGCUUUGAAAGCGGUUUUCACUGAGAAAACGCACUCUAAAGAAACGAGGGUUGAGAGAGGUCAAAGCGGUUCAAAAUUUGUGGGAUACUGUAGCUCUGAAGGCGAUUUCGUCUGAUGAAAGCGCGCUUCAACGGAAUCGGGCUCAACAAGCGUUCAAAAUUUUUGGGAUACUGUAGCUAUAGAGGCGAUUUAAACUGAGAAAGCGCGCUCUAAUGGAACUACGUUUAAAAAAGACCACGGGAGUUCAAAAUUGGUGGGAUACUGUAGCUAUAGAGGCGAUUUCAGCUGAGAAAGCGCGCCCUAACCAAAUUGGGUCGAAAAAUGACCACAACUUGGACGUAUCUGAAAAUUUCUAGGGAUCACUUUAGCGGCGUCAGUACGUUCAGGACCCCUAGAAUAUCUCAGAAGCUUCGGGCACUUCACAGGGGUCUUGUAUACGGGGGAUUAGUGGGAUACUGUAGCUUCGAAACGCGAUUUUAAUUGAGAAAGUGCGCUCUAACGAAAUUGGGAUUAAAAAAGAUCACAGGCGCCCAAAAUUGGUAGGAUACUGUAGCUUUGAGAGACUUUUGAACAAUUUCAACUGAGAGUUCAGAAUUUUAUCUUACUGAUCUUUCUUGCGUGUCUUAUGAAGACUAUAAGUUUGUUAAAUUUGAAAAACCAAUAGAUGUUUUAUUUUUUAAAAAAAAGUCAGAAAUGCAGUUCUUUUUUCUCAGAUUCAUGUGCGGCAGUGUCUUCGGAUGGUGCGGCUACGCGUUCUUCGAUUUUGAUGAACACGAAUUUUUGAUGUGGGUUUUUUUUUCUCUGAGGAAAAGUUCGAACUUCCAGCUGAAAACGAAAGAAAAAAGUUUAUUUACACUUUUUUUUAGUAGAAGUAGAAGCUUUAGUAAAAAAAUUCUUGAAAAAUACUUUUUUUAGGAAUAGGAGUUCUUUUUUGAAUUUAUCAAUUUUUGAAGAUUUUCAAAAGGAUUUUUUCCAUUCUAGGCAAGUUCGCUCCGCGCAGACUUGCCACGUCGACGUCGAUGACGUCAGCUCGAAUUCAAAGGCCCAGCCGAUGACCACCAUUGAAGAUGAACAGUUCGUGAAGAAGGUUUUUCGAAGAAAAUUAAGUAAAACAAUGAAAAAACGGAGUAAAUUUUUUAAAAAUGGAAUAAAACCUUGUAGAAAUUGGGUGAUAUGGGGAAAAAUGGAAUAAAAUGUUCGAAAGAUUGGGAAAAAAUUUUGAAAACUUAAAAAAGAAAGGACGAAAUUUAUAGAAAAAAAUAGAUAAAAUGUUCAAAAAAGUAAUUAAAAUGUUCAAAAAUGCCUCGAAACGUUGAAAAAAUGAAAUAAAAGCUUGUGGAGAUUGAAGGAAACGUUUAAAAUUUUGAUAAAAUAUAGACAAAAUGUUUGAAAAAUUAGAAAAAAUCUUGUGAAUUUUUGAAAGUUAGAAAAAGUUUUGCACAAACAGGACGAGAUUUCGAGAAAAAAAAGAGAUAGAAUGUUCAAAAAAUGCCCCAAAAUGUUGGAAAAAUGGAAUAAAAGCUUGAAGAAAUUGAGUGAAAUUUUUGAAAAUUUCGAUAAAAUCUAGAAAAAAUGGAAUAGAAUGCUCGAUAGGUUGGGGUUAAGUGUUAAAAAAAUCGAGUAAAAAAAUUUAAAAAAAAAUGGGGAAUUUUUUUGACAAUUAGAUAGAGUUUGAAAAACAAAACGAUAAAAAAAGAGAUAAACAUUUCAAAAAAAAAAAAUGAAGGGAAAUGUUGGAAAAAUGCUCCAAAAUUUUGAAAAAAUGGAAUAAAAGCUUGUACAUAGAAGUCGAGUGGAAUGGGGAAUAUUUUGAUAAAAUCUAGACGAAAUGUUUGAAAAAUAAGAAAAAAUCUUGGGAAUUUUUGAAGAUUAGAAAAAGUUUUGAACAAACAGGACGAGCUUUUAAGAAAAAAAAGAGAUUGAAUGUUCAAAAAAAAAAGGAUUAUAAUGUUCAAAAAAUGCCCCAAACUCUUGAAAAAUCGGUUUUCAGGCCUUUCCGUACCCGUCUUUCGCCACGGCUUUCCACACCGAAUGGUCCGACAAAAAGUUGCAAAGGAAGGCCAAAAGAAUCAUUCCUUCUUCCUAUUUUGCGAUCAAAUGUUAGUUUUGCAGGAUUUUAGGGAAAUUAUAGUUUUUGAUGACUUUUUCCUUGGAAAAAUUGACAAAAAUCGAAAAAUAUGCCAUUUUUUAGCUCAAAGAUUGAGAUUGAAGUGAAAUUUUUUUGAUGAUUUUUUUCAUUGAUUUUUGAAUUUUUCUAGAAUUUAAGCGACGCCUAGAUUAGAAUAAUUAGUUUUUUUCAGAGAUUCCCAGAUUCUUUUUAAUUUUUAAAGGCAAAAAAAUAGAGUUUUUUUAGAAUCAAAAUUUUAAGUUUUUUUCAAAAAUUCAAAAAAAUUUUUCCAAAGUUAUCUCUCUUUACUGUAUCAUCUCACUUUUUAUAUAAUCUGGAUUUUUAAAAAUUCGUAAUUUAUUUUUGAGUGCAUCAACCUAGUGAAUAUUAGUGACGGGGUCUGAAAUUCAUAUUUAUGAUAUUUAUGAUUUUUUUGAAGAUUUUUUUAAUUUGGAGCUCAAAAAAAUUCCCAAAAUGGUAGUUUUUUUGGUCUAUUUUGUUCAGUUUUUGAGCGGCUAAAGCCUCAUUUCUCUUUUUUUCUUAGAAACUUUUUCAAUCUUUUGAAAAUAGUAAGAUUCAGCCAUGCUCCGCGCCCAACGUGAACGUCUUCUGACCGACGACGAAGAAGCCAACAUCAAAAUCUUGAAGGAAAUCUGGGAGGAUGAGGUUUUUGGACUACUCAGGAAUGCCAGAGUGGUCACUAGAGAGACAGCUUUUUUUUUAAGCCGUCAUGAUCAUUUUUUCAUUCUCUUCGCUGCAAAAUGGCAGCGUGGUUAGUAGGGGCCCAGGAGUCAGACCCUAAACCGCUUCAGGGACCACUUAAUGUUUAGCCCUCGAGGGAGCAUUAUUUGGUUCACUUUUUUUUUGUCACUGCUAUAGUGACCACUCUGGCAUCCUCAAGAGAAAAAAAAAUGGAAAAAUUAUAUUAUUAGGUCCGCAUUGGCAACCAGAAACCGGAAGAACAGUCCAUUCAGCCGGAAAAGUUUGAUCAGUGAGUUUUUGGAUUUUUUAAAAAAGUUUUGGGUGCUCCUAAGAAUUUGUUGUUCUUAUUGUUUUUAAGCUGCGAAAAGCUUAAUCUAGGUUGUUUUGAAGCAUUUAGGAAAAUAUAAUGAGCAAAUUAUUUUAGGCUGAUUCUCUCAAAAAAAAAAAAACUUAGCCGUGAAAUGAUUUCAAAAAAACAAGUACAAGUUUGAAUUUUUGGGAAUUAGAGAGCACUGGAAAAAGAAAGGGCGUUCAGUGAAAAAAAACGUCUGCCCUUUCAUUUUUUACGCUCUCUAACUUUGUAAGAACUCGAAUUUAGGGUAAUUUGAAUGAUUUUCAGCCUUUUCCCGCCACAAUUGACGCCGACGGCUGCUGUUGUCGGAGGAAUGAUGGGACAAGAGGCGAUCAAAGUCCGUUUCUGAUUUUAUAAAAACAAAAAUUGAAAAAUAAACAUCCCAUUUCCUCCAGUUUUCACGACUUCAAACGGCCAAAAAUGACUUUAAAAAUCGACUUUUCAUGGUUUUCUGAUUAUUCAAGUCCAAUGAGUUGUUAUUUUCCUCUCCAAGUCCUUUUUUAAAAAGAAGUAGUUUCAAAAAUUGAGAAAAAAACCACAGUAUACAGAGCUUUUUUUCCCGUUUCGCUCCAAGACCUAAAUACGGUAUUCUGACCAGAAAAAGGCGCAAAGUAGGCUACUAUGUUGGUGUGUAGCACAUCAAGAAUAUGGAUCCAUAUAAGUAGAUAUUUUAGGAAUAAAGUGUAUUUUUUGCUGAUUGGCUUCAUAAUGAGCAUUCAGCCUAUUAAGAGAAAAGUCUGAAAUUUCCGGCAAAAUCCUUGAAGCCCUAAUCCUCAAGUGGUCCCUUGAGAGAUCUUUAACUUUAUUUUGUUAUUUGAAAGUUAAGAAUAUGUAUGGGGACCACUAGCAUGCUCCCCUAAAGUGGUCACUCCUACAAGCUUUAGUGUCCCUUUUAUAAGGAGGUAAAGUGAUCCCUAGAGGGAAGCCUUCAAGAGAUUUCAAGGUUGCCCCUCUAGGGACCACUCUAGCGUUUUUAGAUGGAUCAAAAAUCAAUGUUUUUUGAUUUUUUCUGGAACAUAUUUUUUUGUUGAUUUGAAUUUUUAUUUUGUGGUCCUGAAGCGGUAAAAACUGGAGUUUUUCAAAAAAAUAAUUUUUUUCACAACUUUUAGUGAUACUUUAUUUUUUUCAUUGUACCUUUCUUUCAAAUAGUUGAUUCAGACGCUGAGCGAAGGAAAAGACCCCCUGAAGAACAUUUUCAUCUACUCGGCCCUCGACACCACCGGCGUCAUGUGCGAUUUCCCGCCCCCGAAAUAA